AUAAAUAAAUUUCCAAUCAUUUAAAACACGCAGAAAAUAUGGGAUAAUUUUGAAUAUAUACCAAACUUCUGACAUUACUCCUAACUUUUCUGCUGCCAUUAGGACCACAAUCCAGAACAAAAAUGUAAUUUCACAUUCUCCAUGUCCAUUUCAACUCCUUUUCUCCUCAAAUUCCCAAUCAAAAUUCACCAUUUUUUUCAAUUCAGUCCAACUUUUUCAGUCCAAAAUGAGUAAAGGAGGAAGAAAAACAACUUCUGGAGGACUAAGAUGGAGCUGGACCUCCGCCUUAGUAGGCGCAGCUACCGCGGCGGCCGCGGUAGCUGCACUCUCCUCGAAGCCAAGAGAUCCAGAUUUCCAUCUCAUCUCCAUCGACCUGACAUCUUUCAAGCUAAAAUUCCCAUCGGUGGACGCGGAGUUGAUCCUAACCGUCCACGUGACGAAUCCAAACGUGACCUCAAUCACCUACUCGUCGACGGAGAUGUCGAUCUUCUACUCGGGCGAACACUUGGGUUCCGCCCGAGUAAAAGCGGGAUCGCAGAAGCCGCGAUCCUGCCAAGUCCUCCGGUUACCCGCUCGGUUAAACGGAGGACAACUUGCGCAACGCGGGAAACAGUUCGUUGCCGAUGUUGCGAAGAGGGAAAUGGUACUGGAUGCUACUGUGGAUAUUGAAGGAUUUGCUAGGGUAUUAUGGUGGGACCACAAGUUUCGUGUGCACGUGGAUAGUCACGUGACUGUUGAUCCGGUUUUUCUUGAUGUUAUUGAUCAGGAAAAUAAAUCGGCUUUGGAGGUCUUCGUUAGAUGACGGUUCGGUUCGGUUUAAUUUGUAGUAUUGUUAUUGUUGUUAUUAAUGUAUUUCAUGUUAAGUGGUUAAUGAAUUAUUUAAGUUUUAUCGUUA